AUGAACAUAAAAGCACAAGUUAAAAUCAUUACUGCUCAAGAUAAUGGAUCAUUGGUUGACUCUCUCAAGUCGGAAACACGUAUUCUUGUUGGAUCAGCUACUGCCCCAGCUCCUGUUGCAAAUAAAACUUUCAAACCCCUUCUUACACUGCAGCAAGAAGUGCAACCUAUUAUACAUGACAGAAAGCAACUUCAAACAUUUAAAGUGCCAGUUAAGUCAAGUUGUCGUGAAUACGAUUGGGUGCAGGAAGUUAAUGGGAAUGAGGUUCAAAUUCAACUUACCAUUUUAAUGGAAAGAAAUACUGGGAAGUUUAUGAAAGAGCUUUGGUCGCUACUUCUGAGUGCACAGAAAAAUGCAGAGACUGAUCAUAUCACAAAUGAAAUUCAAAGGAAGAAAGAGAAGGAGAAGCAGGAUCUCGAGCAAGAGAUAGUGGCUUUUGGUGGAGAAAACAAGAACAUAGGCAAAAGGGGUUUGAGUUUGGAAGUAAAGUUCGAGGCCACAAAGAGGAAGUUCGAGGAGAUGAGUCUUGAUAUCAAGAAGACCGAUAAGAACACCAAAUAUGAUUUACAGUCUUCCCAUGGUAGCAGUUUUCCCGAUGAAGUAAAAGCCGAGGACAACUUCUAUGGAGAUGAUGAUAUUCCUACCCUUGGUUCCUUUCUAGCCGGACUCAGGGAGAUGGUUAAGCUUUAG